UAGAAUUCCCGCACAACCACCACCACCACCACCACACAACCACCACCACCACCACCUCCUCCGUCACUCAGUCACCCUCCCCUCCUCCACCCAUCUCACUCUUCCUGCAAGGGGAAGAGUGAAGACCAAGACCAGAGACGGAAUUUCGUGGAGUUUUAUGGGUGGUGAUCUCCAGCGCUAGCGCCGUCUUCAUUCCUCCGCUGUCUCACCUAUUCACUACAGCAAAAAGGCCCUGUCUCGGCUACUGUUCUUCUUCUUCUUCUUCUUCUUCUUUCUUGAGAAUGAAACACCAUAAACACUAAUGAAUUUGCUCAAUUUCAAUUCUUUUCAUUAGUAAUUUCAAUAUCAGCACCAGUAGCAUCCCAUAUUUCGCACACAAUUCAUUUGAAGAAAAACAGAGCAAUAAAGAAUCCAUGGCGCUGUUCAUCAUCUUUGUUCUUCUGUUUCUUUCUAAAGAGGCAACAGGGGCCACAUUUACAUUCAUCAACAGAUGUGAUUUCACAGUGUGGCCGGGAAUUCUAGCCAGUUCCGGUAGUGCAAUCCUCGACAGUACUGGUUUUGAGCUCACAAAAGGGAGUUCUCGCUCCUUCCAAGCGCCCACCGGGUGGUCAGGCCGUUUCUGGGGCCGAACUGGAUGCAAUUUCGACGAGGCAGGUCACGGUUCAUGUGCCACAGGAGACUGCGGCUCUGGUGAAAUGGAAUGCAAUGGAGCGGGAGCCACCCCACCCGCCACUCUCGCGGAGUUCACUCUCGGCUCGGGAACCCAAGACUUCUACGAUGUCAGUUUGGUCGAUGGCUACAACUUGCCAAUGUUCGUGGAAGUGAGUGGCGGGUCUGGAGAGUGCGCUAGAACGGGCUGCGCAGCGGAUUUGAACAGAAGGUGCCCAGCCGAGCUGAGAGCUGACAGUGGCUACGCCUGCAAGAGUGCUUGCGAGGCGUUUGGAAGCCCCGAGUACUGUUGCAGAGGCGAAUACAACACGCCGGCAGCCUGCAAACCGUCGAUGUACUCUCAGAUGUUCAAGUCUGCCUGCCCCAAAUCCUAUAGCUACGCUUAUGAUGAUGCCACCAGUACUUUUACUUGCACCGGAGCCGAUUACACCAUCACAUUCUGCCCCAAUGUCCCAAGUUUGAAAUCUUCAAAUGGGGAUCCUAACGCAAAGGGAACAGGAACAAUUGAAACAGAGCCGAAUCCCGAGCCGAUGCAGACUGCUGCACUGGCCAGUUCAUGGCUAGCAAAUUUGGCCACCGGAGACUCGACAAGAACCCACCUUCCAUCACCUUUACAGUCUGCUUUUGUGAUGGCCGUUUCUCUCCUUUUCCCAUUUCUAUGGUUGUAGAGUCUUUCCAAAUUGCCCAAAUUCUACUGUUCCAUCGCCAUCUUCAAUACUCAAUUAGGGAAAUCCUAUUUCAAGUACUGCUCAAAAAAAUUAGGGAAAUGCUAGAAUUGCACAUCAAAUGUAUUAUGUAAAGCAUUUUGUUUUAGAGAAAGAAAUUAUUUUGCCUUUUGUGUUGCAUUUCCAUGGCUGCACUGUACAUCUGCU